AAAAUGCUAUUAUAAUCCGUUUUAUACGACACCAAAAAGCGACGAUGUUUAUUGAAUUUACCUGCCUGGUCACGCCACUUAUUUAUUGGAUACUCUGUAAUAUAAAGACUAAGAGGACCAGUCAAGAAUGUUGAUGAAAAACGUGGUCAUAUUGAGUGCUUUAAUUGUGCUCAGUGUCUCUAUCUGUGAAGCCAAGCAACCACACAUUCUACUGGUGAUUGCCGAUGACUACGGUUUUCAUGACAUUGGUUACCAUGGCUCUGAGAUUCGAACACCAAACUUGGAUAAUUUGGCAUAUAGCGGGGUAAGGCUGGAGAACUACUACGUGCAGCCGAUAUGUUCACCAACCAGGACUCAACUUUUGUCUGGUAGAUACCAGAUUCACACGGGACUGCAGCACGGAAUAAUCUGGGCCGCCCAGCCUUAUGGUCUUCCCCUGGACAGCCCCACGAUUGCUGAUAAGCUCCGGGAGGCCGGGUACGCCACUCACGCUGUGGGAAAGUGGCACGCCGGCUUCUACACACAUGCUCACAUGCCAACAAGACGCGGAUUUGACACCUUCUUCGGCUAUCUCACCGGCAGUGAGGGGUACUACAACCACUACCGCUGUCACGCGAAAAUGUGCGGCACUGAUUUUAUGGAGAACACCACACCUACCAACAACUACAAUGGCUCCUACUCCACGCAUUUGUUUGCAAACAGAGUCAUUGAUAUCAUCAACAAUCACACAGAUGAUAAGCCCUUGUUCCUGUACGUGUCAUUCCAAGCAGUGCACACCCCUGUGGAAGUGCCACAAAGUUACGAGGAGCCUUACUGGUAUAUCAAAGACAAACUUCGGAGAACCUACGCAGGAAUGGUUUCAUGCAUGGACGAAGCUGUUGGGAACAUCACCAUGGCGAUGAAGCAGAGAAGAUUGUGGGACAACACUCUCAUGAUCUUCACAACGGAUAAUGGAGGUUCGGUCACUGAGGGGGGUAACAACUUCCCACUUCGAGGCUCCAAGGGUUCCAUGUGGGAGGGCGGGAUGCAUGCUGUGGGCUUCAUUCACAGCAAGCUUCUCAGUGAUAAUGUCAUCGGAUCCGUGUCCACCGGACUCAUUCAUGUCACAGACUGGUUCCCAACGCUUGUGAAACUGGCUGGCGGUAAUCUACAGGGAACCAAACCGUUGGAUGGGUUCGACCAGUGGAGCUCAAUUAACAAUGGAGACAAGAGCCCCCGUACAGAGCUCCUGCACAACAUUGACCCUCAUUACGCUAAACACGGGCGCCCAGCCUUAAAUGGGACCUUUAGUACCUCCAUACGGGCUGCAUUAAGAAUGGGAGACUGGAAAAUAAUCACGGGCGAUCCAGGUGACGGCAGCUGGACACCUAGACCUCCAUGCAGCAAGACGCCAAUAUCCAUCAAAGAAAGACAUCCACGGCACACACACUUGAAAAACCUCUGGCUCUUCAACAUUACACAGGAUCCAAAUGAGAACAAUGACCUAUCAGAACAGGAACCAGCUAUUGUGAAAACCAUGCUGGAUCGGCUGCAGUAUUAUGACAGUACAGCGGUUCCCUGUUUAUACCCUGAAAAUGACCCUUUGGCUGACCCUGCCAGGCAUGGGGGAUUCUGGGGACCAUGGCAAUAAUAUUUUUAACUUGUUUUAAAUGUGUUGUUCUGCUCUUUUUGUUUUAUUUAAAUGGAAGAGGAGAUAUGGUCAGGGCUUUUUGCCUUUUAAAUAAAUGGCUGUUUUUCACAAAUUUGAGAAGUUGGCGAUCCAUAUUUCAUUAUUCACAUAAGUUUGCUACUCAUUUUUUUACUAUUUUGAAAAUUUUGCAACUCAUCUUUUACAGUUUUGUACACAGGUGUUGGGUGCAUGGACAAGUCACUAAAACACUAUCAAUAUGUCAUCAAACAACAUGUUUCAUCACUUUGACAGCAAAAUAAUUACAUUGUAGUUACAUAAUGUUAAUGAAUGUUCAUAUAUAAUUAUACGAAUUAUUGUUGUUUUUGGUAAAGUGAUGAAUCAUGUUGUUAUAUGAGAUAUUGAUCUUGUUUUAAGUGACUUUGUCACCCGCCCAACACCUGUGGUUUUGAACAGUUUGCAACUUAUUUCACAAAAGUAGGGGGUGACGGCCACUUCACAAACAUGGGAUAAAGCCCUAAUCAGGCUAAUGGUAUAUUAUAUAUAUGGUUGCUCUUGUUGAAACAAUAUACUUAUAUAUGGCAGCAAGGGAAAUAAAUUUGUGACUAAAAGCAACGUUUAAUUUUAUGCUUAAGGCGUUAAUAAAUACACUGAUGCAAAGUAGCUUUAACUUAACAAAUUUAAAUAUCUGUAAAAGACGGAUUACCGGUACUUAAUUUUUUAUUAUUAUUAUUAUUUAAAAAAAAAUUAUACUGGAACUCUUUAGUUCAGGUGUUUACAUUCAUCAAUUUAA